AUGACAGUUUUGUCCGCGUCAGUAAUGCCGUCUUAUGACACACCGCUGCCGUCGUUGAAUGCUGCUUUACGACUGGAGUGUUGGUAUCAUGGCUCACUGACCCGGGUACGAUCCGAAUAUCUUGUCCGUGAUGAAGGCGAUUUCCUCGUACGUGUCUUGAUAAAUAAUCUUAACAAAGUAGUACUUAUUUCAGGGCCGACUGCAUUCAUAGGACAGACAGGCAGACACAGUCUCGCAUAA